AUGUCACAUAAAAACGUGGUGGGAACCAAUAAAGAUGGGGAAGAAAUCAAUGGAGAAAUAAACUUUGACAAUUUAACAAAUAGCAUGUUAGAAAAAAUGGAUAAACAUAUACAUGAGGAAACAAAAAAUAUUUAUUACAUGUCAGAGAACGCUCAAUAUAGAAAUAUCCAUGGUGGUAAAAUGAAUGUGGCUGAAGUAGAUAAAACAAAUCAUUUAUUAACACCUCAUCAUAUAAAUGAACAGUAUAGCGUUAAGCAGAUUAAAGGAAUAGAUGAACAUACGAUACAUGCAGAUGCUUAUCCUCGUCGAGUCAUGACAGCAUUAGGUCCACUACCACUACCGGAAGAAUUCAAAAAAAACAUCCCUGAAAAGUUCGUUGCAAAACCUAUAAUAGAAGAAAGAGAGAUAUACGUAUCAAAAAGGGAGAGGAAGCAAAGGGAAAUUGAAAUACCCCAUGUAAAAUAUGAACAUACUUUUGAAAAUGUUAAAAAACAAUUAAUAGUAAACAAAUUAGUACCCAGUGUUUCAGAAGUGAUUAAAGAAGUACCAAAAGAAGUUUUAAAACCAGUUAUUGAAGAAAAAAUAAUUGAAGUGCCUCAAGGGGUAAAAUAUGUAGAAGUACCAGUAGAAGUCCCAUGUCUAUAUCCACCUAAAAUUAUUCCAAAAGUUGUAACACAAUAUGUAGAAAGAAUAGUAGAAACAAUAAAACCAGUAGUGCAAGAAAAAAUUAUUGAAGUGCCUCAAACAGUGAUUAAACAAGUGCCCAAAAUAAAAACAGUCGAAGUGCCUUAUUAUGUCCCUAGAUAUGUUGAAAAAAUUGUAGAAGUUCCUUUUAAGCCUAAUGGGGAAAUGCCACAAUUAGGUACACAUAUUCCUUUCCCAAUUUCUGAAUCCUUUCCUCCUUUGAAACCGACGCAAUAUUUGAACUGUCCUGAAAACCAACUAAACCAGUUUAGCCAAUCCAACCAGUUUAGUCAGUUCGAUAAAUCUAACCAGUUUAGCCAACCUAAUCAGGUUAACCAGGUACAGGCGCAACGAUCCAUACUUUCACAAAUAAACUGUUUUUCCUGUCCUGAAAAAAACACUAUGAACAGUUCAGAACAAAUUUUCACAAAAUCAAGCGCGCGCCCAACUGUUUUGAAAGCAAUAAAUAGUAAUGCAUCUUCUGGCACGAAUGCCGUCAAUCCGACGAGGAAUAUUCCAAUGAAUUCUAAUUCUCCUUUUAGUUCUGAUCCAGAAUUUAGAAAACAUGAAAAUUUAUAUAGCCAAAUUGAACAUUUACCAUAUAUACAUAAUUUACCUGAUGGUAUGAAGUGGCAAUACCCUGAUGGGACUUUAAGCAGUCAGCAAAUUCCCCCAAAUAGUAACACUGCAAUACCACCACUUGUUUUUACGUGUCCACCAGAAAUAGGAAGAGUUACGUGUACAAAAAAAGAUAUUCAACCAGAUAUUCUGACCAAGACAGGUGUUUAUGAAUUUGAUGGUUUUAAGAAAAAAGGAACAUCUCAGUCUCUUUUUCCUCCUUUAGCUCAUCAUGACCGAGUACCUUUCUUGCCUUCCCCAGCUGUACCUGGAACUCCGGAUGUUAAAAAUAUUCAGGAGAAUAACUAA